GUAGUCGUGGCGGCGGCUGUCGUAGGGUGAAUAAUGACAUUGUGUUGUGUGUGAGUGUAUGUGUGUGUGUGUGCGUGUUAUGUGCGGUGAGGCCUAUGGUGGAUGGAGGAGGAAGAGGAGAAUGGAAAGGAGGGCGUCCCUCAGCAAGGCCCUCAAUCCCCGUCUUCAGAGGAUGUGGUAGACAGAUCCGCAGCGCCCGGACGCCGCUCCAGCAGCAAACCCUCCUCUGCCACCCUCCAGCUGACAGCAGCUCCCCAACGGACAGUUUUGCCUCGGUGAAAGCUCGAAACAGCAGAUCCAGUGUGCGGGGCCCGAGGUUGCUGGUGAAUCGUCGCUCACGCAGCGUCAAAACCAAGCCCAGACGGGCCAGGCUGUCCAGGACAAUCUCUAUUCACGAAUCCUUUGCCACACAGAGGUUCAGCCUUCACCUGGAACCGACACACUGGCCACUCGCGCCCCGCAUCGUGUCCGUCAGCAACACAGAUUCCUGGGAGUCUGACACGAACCACCACCUCCCCGGCGCCGCUAAUCACUUUGAUCGCCGCAAGGUUUCUGCCCCGCAGAGGACGCCUAGCAGGCAUGGGAGGGCAAGGGCAGACAAGACAUCUGCUGUGUCUAGGAACAGUUUAGUGGCUGGCAAGGCAGAGACCCACAGCAGGUAUGAAAGGUCUGUGGUGGAGGGCGUGGUUGCCGGGGAAGCAGCUCCUGAGCACCCUCGGUUGGUGCGCUACAUCGCCCAGCCUGCCAAACUCAGUCCCGCCCGAAACCCUUCCAUCCGGCUGGAUCUCCUCAAGGAUGGCCAUGCAGAAGGGAUCAAGUCGGACGCCCACAGUAAGGGUUCCCCGUCCAUGGCUCGCCGCAUUCGGGCAAGUCUCCGCUGGAAGAAGCCUCGCAAGGGUGAGGAGACCCCGGGCUUGAGACGCGGAGCUGUCCGGCGCUCGACCACCACUGUCACUGAGCACACAGGAGCCAAGCUUUUAUUUGUGCCCAGGGACGACGCUGGCCAGGUACACGUCCAACCAGAGGCCGUGAGGGACGUGCAGGGCGAGGAACAGCUUCUCCACCACGACCAGGAUCAGCACAGUGAAGGGUCGCGGGCCUGUGAUGGUGUGGGCGGCGGGCGGCCCCCGUGAGCGGCGGGCGGGGGCGCUGCGCCCCUGCGGUGUCUCCCCGCCUCUGCCCUGCUCCGCUUCUGCCAAGUGAUGAACCGC